UGACGCUACUGCAGCCUCGUUCCGGAUACGGUCGGAUUGUAGGGGUUUAGCACCGCAAACAUGGUUCCUUGUCUACAGCGCGUCUCAGGUCGAUGCCGUUCCCAGUGUUAUCAUUGGACCUGUUUACAGAUUUUUCGAGCUUGUCGCGCGGCAUUAUUUUAGGGUGAUGAUUAAGGCCGGUACUAGGUGCAAUACAUAUAAGAGGGGGAAGCUGCCCCUCGACACCAGUAAUAAUAAUAACAACAAGAACAGCUUCCACAUCUACUCCUUUUUUUUUGAGCUGUUUGAUAACCCAAUUCCGUGAAAAUGGCACCCAAGAUCGCAAUCGUCUAUUACUCCAUGUAUGGCCACAUCAAGCAGUUGGCCGAUGCUGAGUUGAAGGGUAUCAAGGAGGCUGGCGGUGAUGCUGAGCUCUUCCAGGUCGCAGAGACUCUCUCAGACGAUGUGCUAGCCAAGAUGCAUGCCCCGCCUAAGCCCACCGACAUCACGGUCCUCAAUGACCCUGCCCAGCUCGAAUCCUUCGACGGCAUCCUGUUUGGCAUCCCAACCCGCUACGGAAAUUUCCCGGCCCAAAUUAAAACUUUUUGGGACAAGUCUGGCAAGCAGUGGCAGUCAGGCUCCUUCUGGGGCAAGUAUGCUGGCUUGUUCAUCUCUACGGGUACGGUCGGUGGUGGACAGGAGACCACUGCUAUCUCCUCCAUGUCGACAUUGGUACAUCAUGGAUUCAUUUAUGUACCUUUGGGAUACAAGAAUACUUUCGCCGACCUCGCCAACCUUGACGAAGUCCAUGGUGGUUCUCCCUGGGGCGCAGGCACCCUUUCCGCAGGCGAUGGCUCGCGUCAGCCCUCUGCUCUCGAGCUCCGCGUUGCGACUGCGCAGGGCAAGGCAUUCUACGAGACGGUUGCCAAGGCUCACCCAUGACUAGAUGAUAGUCAUGUAGUGGAGAAGCAGAAUGCAGUAGAAACAACAACACAAAACCAAACACAGAAUGGGACGACAGGUGCUAACGGAACCACAACGAACACUACUGCUCCAUCAUCGCAACUUCAACAGAAGAAGGACAAAGAUGGUGAGGGCCCUUGCGGGUUGCCAGCGAAGUGCGAGAUUAUGUAGAGUCAAUUAGACAUGAAUAAAUGAACAAAUGCUUCCGCAGCUUUGAUCUCUUGUUUGGGGCAUGCACAGAUGAACC